AUGAAAUUAUUAAUUUAUUUAUUUAUUUUAACAUUUUAUAAAACUAUUGUAUUAACACAAACCCCAUCAACACAUCUUGAUGUUGACAUUACAAUUUAUGAUCAACUUCCAUUGUAUAAUAAUAAUUUUGAACCAGAAACUGGGUCAUUAACAAAGAAUUUAGUUCAAACAACAUUGGGAUCUGAUGGUUUACCAGUUUUAAAUUCAUAUUCAAAUUUAACAUAUUCAAACAAAAAUGGUAGAAUGUAUUCACCAGAGUUAUUUAAAUAUUUCUUUGCUCCAAAUCAAAUUUCAAAUACAACUUUCAAUUGUGGUAGAAAUUUUCCAAUUAAAAAACAACUUAAAUUACUAAGAACCGCAAGUGGUAAUUAUAUUUAUGAUAAUGAUUUCUUUUUCCCAAUUGAUUAUGAAGGUUUUGAUACAGAUCCAGCAAAUCGUAUUUAUAAAGAUGAUGAAAGUACAAAUAAGACAUAUCAUAAUUAUCAUUUUUGCUUUCAAUUUGAUAAUCGUUUUUUAUUUAAAGGUAAUGAAACAUUUAAAUUCACUGGUGAUGAUGAUGUAUGGGUAUUUAUUAAUAAACAAUUAGUCGUUGAUUUGGGUGGUACACAUCCAGCUGCAUCUUCAUCUGUCGAUCUUUCAACACUCGGUUUAACAGUUGGUAAAGUUUAUCCAUUCAAUUUCUUUUAUUGUGAAAGACAUACAUCAAGAUCAACAAUUCGUAUUGAAACUUCAUUAGAGUUAUAUUGUGAUAAGUAUGAUUAUUGUGGUGUUUGUAAUGGUGAUGGUAGUACAUGUUGCAAUCCAAUAACAGAUUGUAAUGAUGAUGAUUUAUGCACAAAUGAUGUUUGCCCACCAUCAGACACUGUCAUUGACCCAAGUCUUCCAAUUAGUUUCUAUUGUCAACAUCACCCAACUCCAGAUCCAUUAGUAAGUGAUAAAUGUUUUGAAAGUGUUUGUAAUUCAACCACUGGUAGUUGGUUUUUAAAUGCAACAAUUUGUGUUGAAAAAGAGGGAUUAAUUAAUACUGGCUGUGACGGAAAUACAGGUUGUAUUUAUGAACCUCCAACUCAAACACCAACUGAAACACCAACUCAAACACCAACUGAAACACCAUCACAAACCCCAACUGAAACACCAUCACAAACCCCAACCGAAACUCCAUCACAAACUCCAACUUGUACUCAACAUCCAACACCAACACCAACUUGUACUGAACAUAUCAAAACACCAAAACCAACACCAACUCCAACAUGUACAAAACAUCCAAAACCAACACCAACAUGCACUGAACAUACUAAAACACCAAAACCAACAAAAACACUAAAACCAACACCAACACCAAAACCAACACAAACUCCAAAAGUACCACAAUGUGGAAAAUGUGAAAAAUUAAGUUCAUGUAAAACUUAUUGUGAAAAGAAGGAUUGUGAUGAUUGUCAAAGAGAACUUGAUGGUUAUAAAUUUGAUAGAUGUAAAACCUAUAGUUGUGAUCCAAUCAAAGGUUGUAUAAAAACUGAUAAAUGUAAACAAGGUAAUGACCCAUGUCUUAAACCAGUUUGUAAUCAAUAUACAGGUUUCUGCAGUCAAGAAAGAGUAGUUAGUGAUAAAUGUAAAUGUGAUGAUAAAGGUAAAAAAGGUUUUGGUUUAGGUAUUGGAAUCGGUAUUAAUGCUUAA